CUAUACAAAUAUUAUCCACACAAGGAACCAGAAAGACAGAGAGAGAGGUAAAGGAUAGAGAGAAUGGAGACCAUUGAUAUUUAUGAUCUGUUGAGUUCUUUACUGUAUCUCAUUCUCAUCAUUUGGAUAUUGAUUCAAGGCUUCAACUUAUUAGCAUUCUCAUGGUCAUGGAGCAAAAGUUGUCAAGUAAAAUCUCAUCAUCAACUUCCACCAGGACCCAAACCAUUCCCCAUAAUAGGCAACCUCUUGGAACUUGGCCACAACCCACAUAAAUCUCUAGCCAACCUUUCCCACAUUCAUGGCCCAAUCAUGAGUUUGAAGCUCGGCCAAAUAACCACAAUUGUAGUGUCUUCUCCUGAAAUAGCCAAAGAAAUUCUCCAAACUCAUGACCAACUCUUCUCCAACAGAACCGUUCCUGACUCACUCCAUGCCUUGAAUCACCACCAUUAUGGCCUCCCAUGGAUUCCUGUCUCUCCUAGUUGGAGAAACUUCAGAAAAAUAUGCAGCUCUUAUAUGUUUUCUGUUAAGGCUCUGGAAACCAACAAGAAUUUGAGGUACCAAAAAGUACAAGAGCUUUUAGGCUAUGUUGGUAAAAUGGCUAAAGCAGGUGAGGCCUUGGAUAUUGGUAGAGCUGGUUUUAACACAUCACUGAGUUUGUUAUCCACAACUUUUUUCUCCCUUGAUUGGGCUAAUAAUUCUAGCUCUAAUCAUGAUGGUGGUGAUGAUGCCAUGGCCAAAGAGUUGAAGGACAUUGUUUUGAAUAUCAUGGAAGCUGCUGGUAUACCCAAUUUGGCAGACUACUUUCCAUUUCUUAAGAUAGUGGAUCCCCAAGGCAUUAGAAGAAACAUGGCUUUUCAGUUCAAGAAAAUGAUGGGCUUGUUCGACCGUAUCAUCAACCAAAGACUGCAAUUACUCACAGAAUCUAGUACUGCUACUGGUCUUAUGGAUGAAAGUCAUGAUAUUUUGGAUAAUCUUCUUAAUUACAUGAUGAGUGAAGAGAAUAAAGAACAUAAGCUUCUAGACAUUAUUGCAAUUGAACAUUUCCUAGUGGCUCUAUUUUCAGCAGGCACUGAUACGAGUUCAUUAAUCUUAGAGUGGUCAAUGACUGAACUGCUUAAAAAACCAGAAAUUUUAUGUAAAGCCCAAAUGGAGUUAGACAAAGUAAUUGGAAAGGGAAACCAAAUGAAAGAAUCAGACAUAACAAGGCUUCCUUACUUACAAGCCAUAAUCAAAGAGAUCUUUCGUUUGCACCCACCAGCUCCAUUUUUAAUUCCUCGCAAAGCUGAAUCUGAUGUGAAAAUCUGUGGUUAUUUGGUCCCAAAGAAUGCUCAAGUGAUUGUUAAUAUAUGGGCUAUUUCAAGAGACCCCAAAGUUUGGGACAAUCCUAAUGAGUUCAUUCCAGAGAGGUUUUUAGAGUCAAAUAUUGAUGUCAAAGGCAGACACUUUGAGCUCCUUCCAUUCGGCAGUGGCCGCAGAAUCUGCCCCGGCUUACCGUUGGCCAUGCGAAUGGUUGAUUUGAUGUUGGGUUCUUUGAUUCACUCGUUUGAUUGGAAGCUUGAAGAUGGAAUUGAACCAAAUUCUAUUGAUAUGGAAGAGAAGUUUGGCCUCACCUUGCAGAAAGCUGAGCCAUUGCGAGCUAUGGCUAAGCUUAGGAUGUAGUUCUCUGUCUCUUGGGACCAGAUUUGUUUGCUUAAUAUAAGUAAUAAUAUUACAUUAAACAAUGCUAACACAAUCUUGUAUUGUGUAUGCAUUUUGCAAUAGAACUGGUACCAAAAUGGGACAACACCCUAUCUGAUCUGUUAUCUUCUUGAUUAUAAUAUAGACUAGUAAACAUAGCCGCGCUUGGCGCGGUUUUGUAAUAAAAUAAAUAUAAUUUCAAGAUGAUUUUUAUUUUGUAAAA